GGAGAGAGAGAGCUUGAUUUCUUUUCCCUCUCCUCUUCCAUCUAUUUGAAAAAAAGUUUGUCCUUGCCAUCAUCAUCCUUGGCUCUGGCUUCACCAAAGUUCUUCUUUGCAAGAACCAAGAGAAAGGAACCAACUCCAUGGAAGAUGAAACAGAGCUUUCCAACAAGGCAUUGUAUUCCUCAACCCAUGAACAAGAAGUUGUGGAAUUGAAGAGCUUUAGAUCAAUCCUCACAUGGGUAUGUCUAGACCAGUCCAAUCUAUGGAGGGCUGGUCUCUCAGGCUCAAUCUUCUUUGUUCUUGUCAUUGUAGUCCCUCUUGUCUCUCACUUUGUCUUCUCAUGCUCGAGCUGCGAUGCGAAGCACCAGAGACCUUAUGAUGCAAUUGUUCAGUUGUCUCUAUCUGUGGUUGCAACACUUUCAUUCUAUUGUCUCUCUUCUUUUGCCAAUCAGUAUGGACUUAAAAAGUUUUUGUUUCUUGAUAAAUUGAGUGAAGCUAGUGAGAAGGUGAGGCAAGGGUAUACUCAACAGCUCCAUAGAUCAAUGAAGCUCCUUUCAGCAUUCGUCCUCCCUUGUUUCAUAGCCGACACCAUCUACAAAACAUGGUGGUUCAUCUCCGGAGGAACCACCACACCUUACUUCAUCAACGUCUAUGCCAGCGACAUCAUCGCGUGCACACUCCAACUCUGUUCGUGGCUCUAUCGAACAUCGAUCUUCGUCCUUGUAUGUGUUCUCUUCCGACUCAUAUGUUAUCUUCAGAUUCUCAGACUCGAAGACUUUUCUCAAGUCUUUGAGAGAGAAUCUGAAGUUGGGUCGGUGUUGAACGAGCAUUUUGGGAUCAGGAGGAGUCUGAGGAUUAUAAGCCAUAGAUUCAGAGUGUUUAUUUUGUGGACACUGGUUUUGGGUACGGCGAGUCAGUUGGCUUCUCUGGUUGUUACAACUAAGUCUGGUGCUACUGUUAAUGUCUACACGGCUGGUGAACUUGCUUUAUGCUCCAUCACAUUGGCGACAGGGCUCUUCAUAUGUCUACGCAGCGCAACAAAGAUCACUCACAGAGCACAGAUUGUGUCGUGCCUUGCGGCCAAGUGGCAUGUCUGUGCCACAGUAGACUCUUUUGAUGACUUGGAUGAUGAGACUGAGACUCUAACAGCCCAGAUUUCUUCUUCACCACCUCUGAUAUGCCCUAUCAGUAAUGGCAAUUCAUCAUGUCAUCAUCAGCAAUCUGAUCAUGAAGAAGAAGAUGGAGAUGGAGAAGAAGAUGACCUUGACAACACCAAAAUGGUGCCCAUAUCUGCACAUACUAUCUCCUACCAGAAGAGGCAAGCUCUUGUGACAUACUUUGAGAACAACAGAGCUGGAAUAACAGUGUUUGGAUUUAUGCUGGAUAGGACAUGGCUCCACACCAUUUUUGUGAUUGAGUUGUCUCUCACCCUUUGGUUGCUUAACAAGACAAUUGGUAUUUCAUGAGCUCAAUCAAUGUAUGUUCAAACCUUUGAAAACCUUUUCAUUGUUGUAUAGUUCUAUGCUUUGGGCAAAAUAUAAUCAUUGAAACUGAAAAGAUAUAUUUGGUUCAAUAAGUAACCAUAGUUGAACCUAAGCAUGGCCCUUAUGGGAAUUGUAUAAUAAUAACCAUUUAACAUUAUGUGUGUUAUCACUUUAGUAAUAAGCAUAUACAAAGCAUACAAUGGGGCCAGUUUGGUGUAAUUUAAUGGAAUUAUUUUAUUUUAGUUUA